AACAAGUAAAAGGCAUUAUGAUUGGUGGAUGCAGAGAAAGAGAAUUCCCGAAGCCAGGCUUCCCGGGAUGCGAAAAGCAGGCAGACGCAGACCGUUACACCUCGGAACCGCAAUCUCAACGCUUACACGCACAAAUGUCAGGUAUUUCAUAGAGUUUUUGGGUCUGCAUUUUGCUAAAGUCAGCCAAUCACAAAAUAGAUCACAUCAAUGCAAAACAGCGCACAAUGGAGCUUGCAUUGAGCACGGCUCAGACAAACCUAAAAACGGGCACUCCUUGUUUGACAGCUGUCUGCCCAAUAGCCUCGCACACCAGCCUAUCAGUGGUGCCGAACAGCCAAUAGGAAGAAGGAAAAACCGGGGCUAAUUAACGUUAGGGUGUUCUUUCAGACUGCCUGUGCUAAACUUCACCAAAUAAUAGCUGUUUGUAUUUUGGCUGCUGCAGUAGCCAUUUUAGAUGUGAAGAUUUGCCAGAUCAAAAAGAGAAAUCAUGAAAGUUCAGAAGAAAGGAAAGCAGAUGGCCUCCUCCAAGGUAUUAAAGCACACUCCAGCAGCAGCAGCCGUCUCAACUGCUGAUGACCCAAGCGCACAAUCCCCCUUCCCCUGCAGCCAGACCAGCCUGCAAGAGCAGCCCAGGGCCUCAGGACUGUCCAAUCACUGCAUGGUGCAUGCCAGGCCGGGCCUGGGUCAGGACCCCGCUCCCCCCGUGAACGGCAUCGAGGACGACGGGGGAGGCAGCAGGGUGAAGAAGAAACGAAAGAAAAAAGAGAUGGAGGAGCCGGGUGGGGGGGCAGCAGCGAAGGGGACGAGCCAGAAAGAACCCAAACCAAAGAAAAAGAGGGAGCCGAAAGAAGAAGGGAAGGAACCGAAAAAAGACAAGCAGCCCAAGGAGGCGAAAAAGGGCAAGGAACUGAAGCAGCAGAAAGAACCCAAGAAGACGAGGAAACCGCGGGAGACGAAGGCCCCCAAGGAGAAGAGAACGGCCACAAGCCCAAAGACCAGGGGCCGGAAACCCAGUAAAGAUCAAGGCCAAACUCCCAUGGAGAAGAAGAAGAAGGGGAAGAGGAAAAGCGAGACCCCUGUGGACUCCUUGGAUUCUGACGAGAACAUUUCUCUGGCUGCCCACGUCCCAAGUGCAGAGGAGACCACUGAUUCCACAGACGGGCAGAAGCGCCGUUCGGGCCGGCAGGUGAAGAGGAGGAAGUAUAACGAGGAUCUGGAUUUCAAAGUGGUCGACGACGAUGGAGAAACGAUCGCUGUGCUGGGAACAGGGAGAAUACCGGCUCUGUCUUCAUCCACACUGGCUUGGCAAUCCGAGGAGCCCCCGGAAGAUGAAGCCAACAUCAUUGAGAGGAUCCUGUCAUCUCGCUGGGUGAAUUAUGAGACUUCUCCUGGUGAGCCGAUCCUGGAGGCUGAAGAGUUCUACGUCAAGUACAGGAAUUUCUCAUACCUGCACUGUAAGUGGGCCACGCUUGAAGAGCUGGAGAAGGACCCCAGGAUCAGUCAGAAAAUCAAGCGCUUCAGGAACAAACAGGCACAAAUGAAACACAUUUUCACAGAGCCGGACGAGGACCUGUUCAAUCCAGACUACAUUGAAGUGGACAGAGUGCUGGAAGUCGCCUACACUAAGGAUACAGAGACUGGGGAGGAAGUUACUCAUUAUUUGGUGAAGUGGUGCUCCCUGUCCUAUGAAGAGAGUACCUGGGAGUUACAGGAGGACGUGGAUCCUGGGAAAAUCAAAGAGUUUGAGGACAUCCAGAAGAUCCCUGCCAUAAAGCACAUGGAGCGCCCGGCCGCGGACACCUGGCAGAAGCUGGAGCGCUCGCGGGAUUACAGGAACGCCAAUGAGCUGCGCGAGUACCAGCUGGAGGGGAUGAACUGGCUGCUGUUCAACUGGUACAACAGAAAGAACUGCAUCCUGGCGGAUGAGAUGGGCUUGGGGAAGACCAUCCAGUCCAUCACGUUCCUCUACGAAAUAUUCCUGCUGGGGAUCCGGGGGCCGUUCCUCAUCAUCGCGCCCCUGUCCACCAUCACCAACUGGGAGCGCGAGUUCCGCACCUGGACUGAGAUGAAUGCCAUCGUCUACCACGGCAGCCAGAUCAGCAGGCAGAUGAUCCAGCAGUAUGAGAUGCUGUAUAAGGAUGAGCAGGCUAACCCCGUCCCGGGUUUGUUCAAGUUCCACGGGGUCAUCACCACCUUCGAGAUGAUCCUGGCUGACUGCCCGGAGCUCAAGAAGAUCCACUGGCGCUGCGUGGUGAUCGACGAGGCUCACCGCCUCAAGAACAGGAACUGCAAGCUGCUGGAAGGGCUCAAACUCAUGAACCUGGAACAUAAAGUGCUGCUGACUGGCACCCCGCUACAGAACUCUGUGGAGGAGCUCUUCAGUCUCUUGAACUUCCUGGAGCCCGUGCAGUUUCCCUCGGAAAGCACCUUCCUGGACGAGUUUGGAGAUCUCAAAACAGAGGAACAGGUGAAGAAGCUGCAGGCCCUCCUGAAGCCCAUGAUGCUGCGCAGGCUGAAGGAUGAUGUGGAGAAGAACCUGGCCCCGAAGGAGGAGACCAUCAUCGAGGUGGAGCUCACCAACAUCCAGAAGAAAUACUACCGAGCCAUCCUGGAGAAGAACUUCACUUUCCUGGCCAAGGGGGCCAACCAGCACAACAUGCCCAACCUCAUCAACACCAUGAUGGAGCUGCGCAAGUGCUGUAACCACCCCUACCUGAUAACCGGUGCGGAGGAGAAGAUCCUGGAGGAUUUCCGGAAGAACCACAGCCCGGAAGCCUGGGACUUCCAGCUGCAGGCCAUGAUCCAGGCAGCGGGGAAGCUGGUGCUCAUCAACAAGCUGCUGCCCAAGCUGAUUGCCGGCGGACACAAGGUGCUCAUCUUCUCUCAGAUGGUGCGCUGCCUGGACAUCCUGGAGGACUACCUCAUCCAGAGACGGUACACCUAUGAGCGCAUCGACGGGAGAGUUCGAGGGAACCUGCGCCAGGCCGCUAUCGAUCGGUUCUGCAAAGUGGAUUCGGACCGGUUCGUAUUUCUGCUGUGCACGAGAGCAGGGGGCCUCGGCAUCAACCUGACUGCUGCUGACACCUGCAUCAUCUUCGACUCGGAUUGGAACCCACAGAACGACCUGCAGGCCCAGGCCCGCUGCCACAGAAUAGGCCAGAGCAAAGCGGUCAAGGUGUAUCGCCUGAUCACCAGGAACUCCUACGAGAGGGAGAUGUUUGACAAAGCCAGCCUGAAGCUCGGGCUGGACAAAGCAGUGCUGCAGGACAUCAACAAAAAGGGAAGCACCAACGGGGUGCAGCAGCUGUCCAAGAUGGAGGUGGAGGACCUCCUGCGCAAGGGGGCGUACGGAGCCCUAAUGGACGAGGAGGACGAGGGCUCCAAGUUCUGUGAGGAAGACAUCGACCAGAUCCUGCAGCGCCGAACACGGACCAUCACCAUCCAGACCGAGGGCAAGGGAUCCACCUUCGCCAAGGCAAGCUUUGUAUCUUCAGGAAACAGAACUGACAUUUCUUUAGACGACCCCAACUUUUGGCAGAAGUGGGCGAAAAUAGCAGAGCUGGAACUGGAUUCCAAAGAUGAAAAGGAGAGCUUGGUGAUCGACACCCCGCGCGUGCGGAAGCAGACCCGGCACUACAACUCCUUCGAGGACGACGAGCUGAUGGAGUUCUCCGAGCUGGAGAGCGACUCCGAGGACCGGCCUUCCCGAACACGCCGCCUGAACGAGAGGCACCGCCGUUACAUGCGGGCCGAGUGCUUCCGGGUCGAGAAGAAUCUGCUCAUAUUCGGCUGGGGCCGCUGGAAGGACAUCCUGACCCACGGCAGGUUCAAGUGGCACUUGGUGGAGAAGGACAUGGAGCUGAUCUGCCGGGCUCUACUGGUCUACUGUGUCAAACACUACAAAGGAGAUGAGAAGAUCAAGAGCUUCAUCUGGGACCUCAUCACCCCCACCAAGGACGGGCACAGCCAGGACCUGCAGAACCACUCUGGCUUGUCUGCGCCGGUUCCCAGGGGGAGGAAGGGGAAGAAGCUGAAGAACCCGAUGUCCCUGCCGGAGAUAAAGAGCGCAGACUGGCUGGUCAGCUGCAACCCCGAGAUCCUCCUUCACGACGACAGCUACAAGAAGCACCUCAAACAACACUGCAACAAGGUUCUGCUUCGAGUGAGGAUGCUGUACUACCUGAAGGCGGAGGUGCUGGGAGAGGCGGCUGUCAAAGCUUUAGAGGGCAUUCACAGCCGCGACCUGGACGUGCUGCUCCCUGAUAUUGACUACCUGGAGAUUCCAGCGGAGUGGUGGGAUGGGGACGCUGAUAAAUCUCUGCUCUUAGGCGUCCACAAGCAUGGGUAUGAACGGUACCAUGCCAUGCGGACAGACCCCAAGCUGUGCUUCCUGGAGAGGGUGGGGAUGCCUGAUGAAAUGGAGCAGGGGGUGGCAGACGUGCUCAGUGAGAGGAGCGACACAAGUAAAGAAGAUGAUUUGGUCAACAAGGAGGCUGUGGAAUGCGAUAAAGACUUGGCUGAAGAGGAAGCUGUCGUCUGUAACGAAGCAAAAGACAAAGUAGAAAACGUCACUGCGGCCCCGGACUGCUCCGAUCAAGACAGACCCGUGUGGCCGGUUGCUUCCUCCUUGACCGCGAGACUGCGCCGGCUGAUCACUGUGUACCAGCGCUUCAACCGGAAGGAGUUGAUUCGGAGCGAGUUCCUGGUGCCGGACGGCCACGGCACCUGGCAUCUGUCCGAGGAAAUGAGGAGGAGGGUCGUGGAGCCAGACCCCCUGUUCCUGGAGAUGCAGAACAGGUGGACCAGAAGGGAACAGGCAGAUUUCUACCGGACAGUCUCUUCCUUUGGAGUGGUGUUCGACCCUGAAAAGAAGUGCUUCGACUGGACGCAGUUCAGGAUGUUCGCUCGGUUAGAGAGAAAGACAGACCAGAGCCUGGAGAGGUAUUUCCACAGCUUCGUGGCCAUGUGUCGCUGCUCCUGCCGACUGCCUCCCAGGAAAGACGAAGGGCCGCUGGACCAGCCCGUGUUCGUGGAGCCGAUCACGGAGGAGCGAGCGGCGCGGACGCUGUACCGGAUGGAGCUGCUGCGGAAGGUGCGCGAGCAAGUCCUCCGGCACCCCGAGCUGGCCUCGCGGCUCCAGCUGUGCCAGCCCAGCCUCUACCUCCCCGUGUGGUGGGAGUGCGGCAAGCACGACCGGGACCUCCUGAUCGGGGCCGCCAAGCACGGGCUGAGCCGCACUGACUACUACAUCCUCAACGACCCCCAGCUCUACUUCCUGGAGGCGCACAGGAACUACGUGCAGAAGGAGAACAAGCGCCACCCCGGCCACGCCCCGGCGCGCUGCUGCCUCUAUGAAGCCAGUGUCAGCCAGUGCGCCUCCCCGGUCCCUUACCCAGGGACCCACCAUGCCAUGGAGGCUGCAGGGAGCAUCAUGGACCCCUGUGCUGGCGAGGUCGGGCCCGGCAGUAAGGAUGUGUUCAUGGAGGACUCGAUGAAUCUGGCUUCUCUUCACCAUGAUGAGACCUUGGGGGCAGGUAACACGCUACACGGGAAAGCUUUGAAAGACUCGUCCAACGCUUUCCCAUUUAACACGGACACCGGAGGGCAGAGCAUGCUGAAUACGUACAGCGUGCAAGCCGACGCGCAGGCGGUCGCAGGGAAGCUGCACGCAGAUCCUUUAGGGAACGAGCAGAGCCACUGCGAGGCCGAUCUGAUGGUGCCGUCGGGUGGCCUGGAUGAGAUACAGACCCAGUGGGACAGCACGGAGCAUUCGAACGCAGCUGAUAUAUUUAACGAAUCGGGAGCGAUCCUCGGAGCGCAGACCCUGGUGUCGGAGUUCCUGGAUUCAGCCCAGCCAGCCGAGGAGAGAGCAGAAAGCUCCCUGCCAGACUGCAUGACCAUGCCGAGCUUGAACUCCCAAGGCAGUAGCAUGGAGCUUUUACCAAGCAGCUUCAUGCUGUUUAAGGAAAUAACUGGUCCGGGUAACGUUCAAGACGAGCCUGAAAUUCCAGGCAUUUGCGUUGAUCACUGUGCACCUGACUACGUACCCCCUGUCACUGUGACGGACCUCAAAAUGAACCACGACUGCGAGGACAGUGUGCAGGAGAACAUCGGGGAACCCGAGGAAAAGCUGAGCGAUUCUGACAUCACCCAGAGCGCGCCAAGCCUGUGCGACGGCAGCGAGAGCGUAAACCUGGAGUUUGAGAAGGACGAUCUCUCGCAUGAUGACCAGAGUAAUGUAGAAGAGCCCGAGGAGGGACAGAGGGAGGCUGGACAAGGCUGUGUCUGCGACGUUGGAGAUGAAAAUACCCUCAGCAGUCAAACCUACGAAGGGGCAGACCAGGCGUCUCCCGCGUUCUCAGUUCUGGAGGCUCCGCCUGCAUCGUCAGGAACGGAGUCAGUCGGGGAGUUGAGAGCGGAGGAGUACAGCGAAGACCAGCACUUCACAGACGAUAAGCCCAUAAAAUCAGAGGCUGGAGCUGGUCUGGUAGCACCCAGACAAGAAGAGAGGGGGAUGUUUGUAGGAGCCCUGAAUGAGGAAAAACCCCAACCCACAGCUGUUCCUGUGGAGAGUUGUGAAGAAGAUGCCAAGUACUCUGCCCACGCUGCUCGCUUUGAGAUCCAGGAGGGGCUUCUGCAGGACACCCGGGAGCCCACCAUUGCGCAGCUGCUGCAGGAGAAAGCUCUUUACUCCUUCUCUGAGUGGCCAAAGGAUCGGGUGAUCAUCAACCGAAUCGAUAACAUCUGCCAUGCCAUCCUGAAGGGGAAAUGGCCAUCUUCUAGUCAGCAGUUUGACUCUCCGAGCUCUGUGUCUGCCCAGAGCUGUGCGAACAGCAUCGCUCACAGAAACAAUUUCCUCUCCGCGCGGGUCCCAGCGACCCAGAGCCUGAGCUUCAGCAUCGGGGCUGGCGUCCCCCAACUCGCUAAGGAUGGGUUGAUGAGCAUGCCGUUCAUGCGGGACCCCGGAAGAAGCCGGCGGGGGUUUGAGUUUGAAUCGGAGGCGGGCUCUAAGCAGGGCAGGAUGGAGAAGAUCCCGGUGGUUCUGAACGGCUGGCAGGUGGCCGCCAUGGACCUCUCGAAGGCGGGGGAUCUGUCUGUGGGCGGCUCCCCCAAGCUGGCCUCCGUUGGCCCCCUGCAGAGCUCACUGGGGCUGGACAUGGCCGGGAUCCUGCAGGCCGGCCUCAUUCACCCCGUCACCGGGCAGAUCGUCAACGGUAACCUGCGCAGGGACGACGCCGUCAUGAGGAGGAGGCGGGGUCGCAGGAAGAACGUGGAAGGGGUGGACCUGCGAUUCACCAGAAACAGAAGCCUUCAGAAUCAGGAGCAGAAUGGUCAGGAGGGUCCAGGCCUGCCUUGCUCUGGGUCCGUGCGGUCUGACAGGCGAAACCCAGCCACACAAACUCAACAAGCACAGAGUGUGGUGAUGGAAAGGGAGGUCGCCAACAAGAGCCUGCUGGAGUGGCUCAGGCAAAAUCCCAACUACACAAUGGAGAUGCCCGCCUUCUCCCAUAACGUUGGGAUCCUGCACGGCUUUGCGGAGCGGCCCAAGCAGAGGAGGCAUCGCUGCAAAGACCCCAGCAAGCUGGAUGUGAACUCGCUGACCGGGGAGGAGAGGGUCCCUGUGGUGCACAAGGGCACCGGGAGGAGGCUGGGAGGCGCGAUGGCCCCAGCCAUUAAGGAGCUGUCCCGGUGGCUGGAUGCAAAUGCAGAGUAUGCUGUGGCACCAGAUUGGGCUGAGAUCGUCAAGCACUCAGGGUUUCUCCCGGAAGACAAGUUCAGCCGCAUCCUCACAGAGCCAGUCUUCAGAGACCCGGGCCCCAGGAGAAGAGGCAGGCGUCCCCGGAGCGAGGUGGUCAGGGCAGCCGGAAGCAUCCCGGACUCCCCUUCCACGAUGGGGCCCUUGUUCAUGAACGGACUGAUCAGCGGCAUGGACUUGGUGAGCCUCCAGAACCUGAGGAACAUGCAGGGGAUCCCCUUGACUGGACUCAUGGGCUUCCCGCAUGGGUUCGCCACAGCACUCCCUGCUGGGGAGGAGGGCAAGGGCGGGGUGAACAUGUUGCCCAUGAUGCUGCACGGCAUGGCCGCUGUCCAGCCGCACAUGUUCAGCGUCAGCGGACUCCUGAACCCGGCAGCCACUGCAGCGACCAGCAGCACCACCGUCACCAGCAGCAGCACAUCGCCCUCUUCCUGCGGGGCAGAGAAGGACCCUGCGGACGCACCCAAAGGAGAGGAGUUGGAGGAGAGGCAGAGUGACACCAGCACCAGCAGCCACCCCGAGCCCACAGUAACUGCGAGCGGACCGUUGGCUUUCAAUCCUUUCCUGAUCCCGGGCGUGUCCCACGGGCUGCUGUACCCGCACAUGUUCCUCCCGCACAGUGUCAGCAUGGCGCUGCCCAGCGUGCAGCAGGCCAGCCCCUCGGAGGAGAGCCCCAAGAGCAAGAAGAGGAAAGUGAAGGAGGACGAGACCACCUCUCAGACUGAAACCCCUCCAGAGACCCAGAACCCAACCAGCACAGAACAGGAGCCGCCCCCGCCGCCCGCAGGGGACUGUGCAGAGCAAACGGCUGAGGAGGGGGAGGGGUUGCUGUAGGCCAGCCUUCGUACUGUACAACCGAGUUACCAGUGUGUGAUGUGUAGGUCAGAAAUCUAAAUGUAAAGUCUUUUAUUAUACACUUCUUAUUAAUGUUUAUAGAUUUCCUCCACAGCACUUUGUGAUAAUUCUAGCCCCCCUGUCUCGAGCUGAUUUGAAACAAACACUAGAGUGUCUCUAAGGGUUUGAAGCAUGCAGAGUCCUGCCCCUGCCCUCAAGCCCAGCUUGUGUCCAGUGAUCAGACUGGUGGUCUUUUGUGAAGCUGCUGCUCAUGCACACAGCACCCUGGGGGUUGGAUUUCAGCCCAGUGCUUCACAGCAUUCUCAAAGCAGGUGGAUCAGUAUGCUGUGCUGCAGCAGGGUCCCUCGGUAUACUGUGCUGCAGCAGGGUCCCUCGGUAUACUGUGCUGCAGCAGGGUCCCUCAGUAUACUGUGCUUCAACAGGGUCCCACGGUAUACUGUGCUGCAGCAGGGUCCCUCGGUAUACUGUGCUUCAGCAGGGUCCCACGGUAUACUGUGCUGCAGCAGGGUCGCUCAGUAUGCUGUGCUGCAGCAGGGUCCCUCGGUAUGCUGUGCUGCAGCAGGGUCCCACGGUAUACUGUGCUGCAGCAGGGUCGCUCAGUAUGCUGUGCUGCAGCAGGGUCCCUCGGUAUGCUGUGCUGCAGCAGGGUCCCACGGUAUACUGUGCUGCAGCAGGGUCGCUCAGUAUGCUGUGCUGCAGCAGGGUCCUUCGGUAUAUUGUGCUUCAGCAGGGUCCCUCGGUAUACUGUGCUGCAGCAGGGUCCCUCGGUAUACUGUGCUGCAGCAGGGUCCCUCGGUAUACUGUGCUGCAGCAGGGUCCCUCAGUAUGCUGUGCUGCAGCAGGGUCCCUCGGUAUGCUGUGCUGCAGCAGGGUCGCUCAGUAUGCUGUGCUGCAGCAGGGUUGCUCGGUAUGCUGUGCUGCAGCAGGGUCCCUCGGUAUACUGUGCUGCAGCAGGGUCCCUCAGUAUACUGUGCUGCAGCAGGGUCCCUCAGUAUACUGUGCUGCAGCAGGGUCCACGCUUGGGGUCCUGAUCCAGCGAUGCGUCUUUAUAUUUUAUUCUCAGUGCUGGUGGUUUAGUUUGUUUUGUAUUUUGCGAGGUUUUCUUGUUGGUGUUAACAGGGUUUUCAAAUUCUUCCCAGAUCUGUGUGCAAAAACUAAACCAACCCCAAAUCUCCCCCCAGACCAGGGUCCAGCAGUAAAGAGAAAUAUCGCUGCUUAAAAAAAACAAAAGGAAAUUCUAGAGGCCUUCAGAAGUUGUCGCUGGGGAUAGCUUCAAAGAGCCAAGGUUAAAUCUUUUUUUUUUUUGCUGCUAUCUGGCGAGCUGAAAAAAAGAUAUUGAGAAAUGCACCCGGGCCACUCCAGGAGCAGUGAACGAGAGCUCUUAAUGUUACGAAUCUGUAAAAUACCAUGUGGGGCGGGGGGGGACGGGGACAGAAGAAGCCACAGUCAUCACUAAUAUAUAUAUAUAUAUAAUAGAAAUCUCUUUCGCUAUGUCACUUUUAAACAGUCCUUUUAAAAUGCAAUUGUAAUGUAUUGCAGAAUGCUUUUAAAAGUCCCUGCAGACACACCAGGACGCCUGUGCUUGUCCUGGAGCAGUCGAGUCAGUCCUGGAUAUACAUGCUAGUGUGCUGUGUCGAUACAAGAGCACAUGGGUGGAUCCCAGUACAGAAGGAAUGUUUUUCAAAGAUGUUCAUAGCGUGCUUUUGUGCGAAUUCGGGAAGAGCUCAGUAGGGUACAAGACACAGAGCUUGUAAAGGGUGCGGCCUUUCUGUAUCAUUUACCCUUUUUUCCAUGUAUUAGUACUGUAGGUUAGAUCAAGCUAUAUAUAUAUAUAUAUAUAUAUAUAUAUAUAUAUAUAUGAUUUGAAAAUAUUAUAUAUUAUUAUUAUUUUUUUAAUAAUACAAGAAAGCCUGUAGUUUUGUGUUCCAUGCUUCACGUUUCUGUCACUAAAUCCCAUUAAAAAAGCAACUCAGUACAGAAGUGAAUAUCCGAGAUGUCUUCACCAAUGGAUUCCUCUUGUGGUUUAGAUAUGUGCUUUUCUGUUUGUUGUCACACUUUGUACAACUCUUUUGAAGUUUGAAAGCAGCCCUGUGGCUCUCAGAAUCCUGCCUGCUCUCCGAGUUCCGCUGGUACACCAGAGUGUAGCCAUUAACCUGAGAAAUAGCACACAGAACGAGCGCUGCAGGGGGACAGGUUGAUGUGUUACACCCUGGUGUUCCUGCUGAGCUUGGAGGGGAGACGUGAUCACCGGAAGAGACUGGAGUUCAGAGAGCCGGCGAGACUGGAGUUCAGAGAGCCGGCGAGACACGAGUUCAGAGAGCCGAGCUGACGAGACUGGAGUUCAGAGAGCCAAGCUGACGAGACUGGAGUUCAGAGAGCCAGCGAAACCGGAGUUCAGAGAGCCGAGCUGACGAGACCGGAGUUCAGAGAGCCGAGCUGACGAGACCGGAGUUCAGAGAGCCGAGCUGACGAGACCGGAGUUCAGAGAGCCGAGCUGGCGAGACCGGAGUUCAGAGAGCCGAGCUGGCGAGACCGGAGUUCAGAGAGCCGAGCUGGCGAGACCGGAGUUCAGAGAGCCGAGCUGGCGAGACCGGAGUUCAGAGAGCCGAGCUGACGAGACCGGAGUUCAGAUGAUGUCAUUUCUGUUUCAAGUUGCUGUUUAGGUCAAUCUUGUCCCUCUCUUGUUAUAAUUUUUUGGUGGUGUUGUUUUUGUAGAUAAGCCUCUUCGACGGGUCACUUUUCUUUCCAUUUCUUUACAGAAAGUUUUUGCAGAAAACCAAGACUUAGCAAGUCUACUGCUGUGUGCUAUCCAUUCCACGGGAUUUCAUUACGACAUCUUCAUAAACCAACACAAAUCUGCUAUUUUGUUGCCUUGAAUCGGUCGGAUCCAUCUUGUGCUUUUUCUUACGCCAAACUUUACCAAAUAUAAUUAAACCGCCUUUUGCCCUUUUUUUUAAUUUUAAUUUUUCUGAUAUAUUCAAUGUACAAAAUGCCAUAUGUAGUGUUACACACAUGGAUGUUUCUGCGCAGGUCCAUUAUUGAAAGCAUAAGACACGGCUUCUUAGCGUCGAUCCCAAUUCGAACUGAAAUGGUUUGUGUUGUGCAAGAUGACUUUUUAAAAAGUGUUCUACGUAGCUGGUUGAGAAGACGUGUUGACCCUUGCUUGGUAUCGUGUGAUUGGUGUACAUUGCACGUCUCCUUAAGGUAUACAAGGAACUGAGCUGUUUAAAAGAUUUCUUCUUCAAAUACAUCUGAAAGUGACUUGAGUAUCACAGGGAGGAAACGGACAGCUUGGAUGAGCAGAUGCAGCCCGUCAGUACGUUUUAAACCCUGGGUUUGAAGGGUUACUAAAAAAAAACGCGAUCAUAGUGGUUUCUGUAAUUAUUUGUAAUUUUACUCUUAGGAGAGCAAUAUGAAAUUGGACCAUCGUGAGGAUCAAGCAGACACGUCUUUUCAGGCCCGUGAGGUCCCUUCAUCUGGCCAAAGAGAUCAGAUUAGUAUCUCAUUACUGAAAGAGAUGAAACCUGGUUUCUUUGUAGUUUAGAGAUCGCUCUGUUGUGACCGAAAUACGCAUUACAAAAAUCCAUGUGUAGAGCUAGCGAAAAAUAUCUUUUAAAUAGCACUUGAGAUUUACGUAAGAGUUACACCGUAGGAAGAACUUUGAUGGACGUUCACAAUCCGAGAUUAGGAUUCCUCAAAGCUGAGGGAAUGUCCUUCUUAUCAAGCUCCUUCAACAGAGUUACAGGGGCUCUGAUAAUACCAACGUGCAGUAAGAGUGGAGCCAGGUCCCUGAACUCAGCAGGUACUUCCUAUGUGUACUUCUGCAAUGGGAGCACACGAGCUCUAUUGAAUUAUUUAAUAAUGAGCAGUCCUGCUUUCAGAUGAUUAAACUGUUCUGCCUCUUAACCACACGUUGACAUUCUGGAAGGUUUGAUCGCUUGACCUUUUUAUUUUGUCGUUUUUAUAGCUAACUGUUGGUAUCAGAACCCAGCAGACAGAUUCAGUGUUUAGUGUUCAACUCCAGUUCUCAUUAUAAAGACUUGAAAUCAUGUUGGUUAUUUUUUUUUUUCAUUUCAAAGGCAAUUGAAGGUCAAUGACAGUGAAUUACUAUUUAUUCAGUGUACAUGUUUGUCACUGUUUUACUGUAUAUGUAUUUUUUUCUGUUACGUUUCAGAAAUGUAUCCACAGGUCCAAUGUUUUUGGAGUCGUAUGUAUUUCAGAUGUAUUUAUUUUACACUUCUUUGUUAUCAGUGUCUUUUUUUUUUUUAUAUACCUCUAAGUUAUAUUUGACUUACGAAGGGAAACCUGUCAAGUUUACAAAGAAAUCUGCCUGUUGUGGUUAAUCUAGAGAGCUAUAAUAAACACAGCCUGACUAUUCAACAGAUCUGGACAGCUUUCCCUUUAAACUAAUCAGUUUUACCUCUAGUGGAAGUAGAAAAAACAAAAGAAAAACAUUUAACUUAUUCAAAAAGGUCACUUGGCAAAUACCAGAGUUUUCUUGUCUGAGUACUGAACUUUCUCGGGCUGGUAUUGUGUAUUAUUAUUGUUAUUAUUAUUUUUAUUAUUAUUAUUAUUUUUAUUGUUAUUCCUCAUCUUUGUAUUAUUCUUGUAUGUCAGUGUAAGUCCAUGAUCAAAGGAACGCAUGGAGAAACAGGAUCCUAGCUUUAAUGGUUUGAUGGGACCCCAUUCUUAUCUGGUCUUGGAUAUGCAGAUAAAGGACAAACAUAAAUAAAUAAUGUAAAUGUAGACGAUGAUCAAUCGAAGGUUUCUCCAAUGUCCUGCUUCUUGAAGGAGGAGGCAGUGUGGUCCAGUGGUUAAAGAAAAGAGCUUGUAAUCAGGAGGUUCCCCGGUUCAAAUCCCAGCUCAGCCACUGACUCAUUGUGUGACCCUGAGCAAGUCACUUAACCUCCUUGUGCUCCGUCUUUCUGGUGAGACGUUGUUGUAAGUGACUGCAGCUGAUGCGUAGUUCAGAUAUCCUAGUUCUUGUAAGUUACCUUGGAUAAAGGUAUCUGCUAAAUAAACAUAAUGAUAAUAAUAAUAAUGAUAAUGAUAAUAAUAAUAAUAAUAAUAAUAAUAAUAAUAAUAAUUAGAGGUGAAAGGAGUCUCUCGUCUGGGUCUCAUGUUAUGGAUUGCUAGCGACUCAAAGCCCAGUGUGUUCUCUGUAUCGGUCUGAAGUCAGGCUUUGUGUGGUUUUUUUUACAUGCUGCUGUAUGUUAUUUUGUUCAAGUAGCUGUAUCCUCAAGUGGACCAAUCAGAAAACCCCACAGUCUGAUGCGUGAUCUUUUAUUGUGCAAUAAAAGAUGACUUUCAACUUU